ACCAAGCGGUGAGCAUCACACUCUCAUUUUGUCAAGUGGUGGAACAUUGAGUGGAGUGUCUGUCAUGUCUGUAUCAGAUUUUUUCUGUACGAGAAGAAAUUAAAUUUUAAAAAACAUGGACCAAAACAUUGCAGAUUUUCUGACGGAUGCAUUCUCAGAGUCAAACUUUGAGCAUCUACAUUUUGAUGAAGACAUUGCAAUGGCACACAGCGUUGAUGUAUCUGAAGAUACGCCAGAUAUUGAGGACGACGAGAACAGUAACAGAGAAUCCAGUGAAAGUGACUCUGAAGAAGAUGACGACACCGCAGCAGCAAACAACAUAAACACACCUCAAAAUGCGGCAGAUAUGGAGGACGACGACAACAACAGGAACCAAGAAUCCAGAGAAUCAGAGUCUGAAGUAGAUUUAGAGAGUAAAAAUAGGGAACAUUUGCACUCUGAUGAUGACACCACAACAGAACACAGCAUAAACAGACCUCAAAACGCACCAGAUAUGAAGGAUGACAACAACAGUAACCAAGAAUCCAGUGAAUCGGAGUGUGAAGUAGAUUUAGAGAGUAAAAAUAGGGAACAUUUACACUCUGAUGACAAAACCAGAGCAGCAAACAAUGUAAACACACCUCAAAAAGCACCAGAUAUGGAGGAUGACAACAACUGUAACCAAGAAUCCAGUGAAUUGGACUCUGAAUCAGAUUUAGAGUUUGAAAAAAGGGAACAUUUACACACUGAUUAUGACACCGAAGCAGCAAACAAUUUAAAAUCACCUCAAAAUGCACCAGAUAUGGAGGAUGACAACAACAGUGAUCAAGAAUCCAGAGAAUCUGACUCUGAAGUAGAUUUAGAGAGUAAAAAUAGGGAACAUUUACACUCUGAUGACGACACCACAACAGAACACAGCAUAAACACACCUCAAAAUGCACCAGAUAUGAAGGACGAUGAAAGAAAUAACCGAGAGUACAGUGGAACUGAGUUUGACUUAGAUUUGGAGUGUAAAAAUAGAGAAGAGGAAAUUAAAAACCGCUCAGAGAACAAUAGCAACUUCUCAUUAGAUGAGCAAUGCAUGAAGCCAGGAUCUACGCUUGGUGGUUCAUGGGACGACAGCAACUCAGAUGAAAAUAAGACACCGACCCAAGACCAGCAAUUAAGCUUGCGUGAUAAGGGAUGCAGAAAUGAUGGAUUCGAUGAUAUCCAUCAAGCUGAAGAUGACAAUGUGCAGAAAAUGGCCCUUCAAAAAGGAACUCUACUUGAUUUGGAUACAAUGAGCUCUCAUAAGGAGACCACUUCCCAUCUAUUGUCCUACCAGAUGGUGGAUGAACAUGAAAAUGAGAGCUCAGCAUCAGAAGAGAACACGGUGGAGCAGAAAAGCACUGAGGAUCAAGAUCUUAAGCUCUACUGUCUUAGUUCAACAUUGCAAGACUGUGUAGAAUCAAUGGACGGUCAGUCUGGGGAUGAACUGAAAGAGUUUACAGAAGACGAUCUAGAGAGAGAAGAGGAAGGCUUAGCAGAAUUUCCCUCUGAUCUGUCUCGAAGUGAUAGUGGAGACAGUGGUGAAGGUCAAACUAUGGACACCAAGCUAGAUGAUGGCUUAGGUUGGUCAGGUGAGAUGAAGAAAAUGGAAGAACUAACGCUGAGUUACCAAGCUGUAACUUUAAGAAAAGAAGCUGAAGAUGUAAGUGUGGAUCAUGCAGAUGUGCUUGCAUUUGUCAAGAAUGAGGAUCUGUAUAAGACGACCACAUCUAGGAAAUCUGAUGACAUUUUGUUCCAAGCAAAGCAGGACAGUUUUAGAGAUGACGAUUAUAGCAGUGUGAUUUUGAAUGCUGGGGAAAGUUCUGAUUUUGAGAUUGCUGAAAUGGUCCAAUUUAGUUCCAAUGAUUCCUACAAGAAAGAGCAGCCUGAAUAUGUUGGCGAUAUCAGCAGCGAUGUCGACUACUGCAAAAUCCAAGAUGAAAAACCUGAUUUGCCAUUCCAAACAGACAAAAACAAGCCAACUCUCCUGAAACAAGAGCACACCUUCAUUGAGGAUUUCCCAACAGAUGUUGAGCUUGAAGUAGGGGAUGUGCUGGUCACAGAUAGUCAGAAUCCAGAGAGAUGUGAUGUAAUUUCCUCAAGCAUUCAUCCAGGGUCUAAAAAGGAAGGUUCACCUGAGAGACACUCAACUGAAACCAGCAGUAGUAAGUUAGAUUCAUCAGAGGCCAGCAAACCAAAAGAUAACAGUGAAGACAUUACCGUUUUGUUACCUGGAACAUUUUGGUCUGUGAUGGACGAGGACAACCUGAAGUUUGAUGAAUAUGACUGGGACAUUAAUGGGGAAGAAGUGCUCUGUGAUGAAGAGGACAGUCUCCUGGAAGAUCUGGAGAAUGAAGAUGAGGGGUCCGAAAGAGACUGGGAGAAAGAAAAAGAAAGAAUUAAAGCAUUUAACAAAUACUACGACACUGUUGAAGGCGAGGAAAACAGAGAUCGAAGCCACCUAGUGACAUUUUGUUUGGAGCCAAAAUACUCUCUGUAUGAGGAGGAAAGUGACAGCAGUGAGGAGGAUCUUAACACAAAAUGUUGCAUGUAUGAGCCGCAUCCUUCAGAAUCCAGUUCAUUCCAAAACCAAAGCAACAAUGACAACAACAAACAAGUUUCAGACACUUUAGAAAAUAUCAGUGGACUUCUGAAGGAUGAGGACAACGUGAUGCUUGACGAAUACGAUUACGGUAUUGGCGAAGAAGAUUUUUAUAAAACAGACUCAAGGAAGACGAUCCUUGAUGAUGAGGAUGAUUUCUUGGAGAAGUUGAAAAUGGAAAUAGAGAGAGAAAUGCAACAAGAAAGAACUGAAGCGUUAAACAAAUUCUAUGAAGAGUCUGGUAAAGAAAAACAUGAGGUAACAGACAGAAGUCAGAAAGGUCUGUAUGGGCUGCGUCAAGAUUCUCAAAACGAGGAAGACAAUGAGAGCAGUGAACAGGAAUCAUACACAGAAGAUGACACUUCCAGUGCCCUAAGGAUAAAGGACCAAAGUGAUUCUGAUGAACCACAUGAGAGACGCUUGUACACAGGAAGGCACAAAGUUUUAAUAAAAGGUUUACAAAAGGCAGACAAGCAGCUGAACGAACCGCCCAGGAGAAGUAAGUGUGUUUUCCUGCUGCGGUCAGUGUUCGCAUUGAGUCUUGUGACUGUGGUAGGGCUGCUGUCUUACUGCUGGGCAACAGACAACAUGGACUUACUGAAUACAGAUGGAUCUUCCAUAUUCAACAUGAUUCAAAACAGACAAUAAAAGUUUUGCAUGCAUGUAUAUAUGUAACUAUUGCAUAGGACCAUGAAAAAUCUAAACAGAUAAACCAAAAAAAAGCAGACAGGCCAGUAGAGAUAAGACCAACUUUAUUUCCUUACAGGGUGCAGCCUAAUAUUGCAAUGUUUAAACAGUGCUUUGAAAUACAGCUUUGAAAAAUAUUUGCCUUUUAACAUGGUAAUGUCUGUUUUGUUAUGUAAACCACAUUUAGAUAUAAUGUUUCUCUUUUUUAUUAAAAAAGUGACAUAUC